AUGCAUGCAGCCUUGCAAAAUCUUGAAGUAAUACACGUCGUCAGCUCGCAUACAGAACGUGUAACCCUUCCUGCACUUGCAUCCGCGUGUCGUGCAUUCCAGAGCCCAGCGCUCAACGUCCUUUGGAGGGAUUUACACUCCAUGGAGCCGCUUGUUAGAUGUUUACCAACAGACCUUUUCAGGCUAAGUUCGUAUGGGCAGGCAUUGCGGAAACCUCUUGACAACAAGAUGUGGGAUACUCUGGUCAAAUAUACAUUCCGUGUACGCUCCAUCACUGUAAAACAAACAAGCCACCCCUCGGCACUUAUUGUAUCCCUCAAUGUGAUAAUGCUGUCUUAUCCUUCAGCACCUGCGUCCUUGUUCCCAAACCUUUGUGAAUUAACAUGGUAUGCCGGUGGAUCUCACUUCGCUGCAGAGUUCCUGCGCAUGACUCUUGUACCCUCCCUACGGGUCUUGACCUUGCGGUUUGCCUCAGCUUCCUCGACUUUCCUCUCCGUCCUUUCGUCUCUUGGGACCUUGUGUCCUCACCUCCGAAGCAUGACCUUGAGAUAUCGUCCUACAACGGAAGACUCGUCCAGUAAACUUUCCCCUUUCAUCGCACAGCCUAUUUCCCAGCUUCACAAACUCCACACGUUGAUGCUAUGGGACCUAGCAAACACAGGCAUGGAUCACAUCAUGCAGCUUCAAGCCCUGCGGUCACUGGACUUGGACCUAAGGACAUCGUCAGUCGGGGAGAGGCAGUCACUUUUGCCAUUCCCUGGCUUUCAUCAUUUGCAUUAUUUGUGCCUUAGAUUUGGCGCAUUCGAGCGAGCCAUGGACCUCUUGAGUUCACUCCAAGUCAUCAGGAGCAAAGAAAUCAAGAUCGCCUUCGCGUCCUGUAUUGCGGAAUCCUCUGAAAGUCCAUCUAUGUCACUAUCACAGUUCCUUGCCAUCCUCCCAGAGAUAUGCGACAACAAGAAACUGCAACGCCUCAGCCUAAUGGGAUCGAAGGUCAUACACACAGAGUUGGCCGUCUUCACGCCAUUGUGCGCAUUCCGCAAUUUAAUUGUGUUACGGAUUGAGAGGGGGUGUUCCACGUCUAUUUCUGAUGGGGAGCUGUGCCAGAUGGUAGCAGCCCGGCCUAUGCUUCAAGUACUCAAAAUCAGCUGCUAUAUCGCAAUCGAUACUACUGCAGUGCCAAUGUUCCACGGGCUGCUAGGCGUGCUUCGACUCUGCCCCUUUCUGACUUCGCUCGCUCUUGCCAUUGAUACCACGAAACUGGAAGGCAUCAAUCUCAGAAGUCCCAGCGGUGAAAACCUUAACACAUAUCUCAAUGACCUCACCCUCGGCAAUUCAUUGAUAGCUUCCCCACUAAACGUAGCUCUCAUCCUCAGCGGUAUCUUUCCCUACCUCGAGCAGGUUGAUCUUGAUUGUUGGCACACGGCUCCGAUGAAUUCAUUCUGUUCAGCAAUCGACAAGAAUUCGGCGAUGGAGACAUGGGCGUCCGUCAAUAGCCUUCUUCAUGGUUUCAGGAUAGUAAGAGAGCGCAUCGUAGCUUCAUGA